AGCUCUGUUUUGGUCACAAAGCGCUCCAUAUGUAGUGUUUUUGCGUGAACUUUUAGCUUUUACUGUCGUUAAUUGCUACAAAACUCUGUAAAAAUAUUAAAUAAUAAUGGACGUGACAAUUCUUAUGCUAGUUGCGUCCGUUCUGGUCAUUUUGAUCAUUAUAUUGCUUCUGCUAAAACAAAGAGGUGGUGCAGCAGCCGAGGAACAAGCGCCUGCCGAGGGCCAAAGACAAGGUGUCAGGAGAGCAGGAGGACCUCGCAGAGCUGUUGCAGCUCGAGGAAAUGUGAGGAACAGGUUGAGAGGUGCAGUUCAGCAAGAAGACUCGGAGGGUGAGCAAGCCCAUGAUGAUGACGAUGAUGAUGCUGAAGCUGUUGCCGAUGAAAUGUUUGACUCAAAAUUGGGUGCAAAGAAGAGAGCAAAGAUGGAAGCAAAGGCUGAAAAGAAAGCAAUGAGAGAGGCUGAGCAAAAAGAUCGGGAAGAAAAGAAAAAGCGUGAGGCCAAAAAGGAGGCCGAGAGGCAAAAAGAAAUUGAGGCCAAGGAGGCAGACGAAGAAAAAGAAAGGGAAGCUGAGCGAAAGGCACAAGAAGAAAAAGAGCGCAGGGAACACGAAGAGUACAUGAAACUAAAAGAGGCCUUCAGCAUCGAAUCUGAGGGUUUCGACGAGACGGGAGGAGAAGAUGAAGCAAAUUCUUUGCGUGCUUUUGUGCAGUAUAUCCAAGACACUAAAGUGGUCAUUUUGGAAGACCUGGCCUCCAGAUUUAAGCUGAAAAUUCACGCUGCCAUCAACAGGAUAGAAAAGUUGCAAGAAGAUGAAAUACUGACGGGAGUUUUCGAUGACAGAGGCAAAUUCAUUUUUCUUUCAAGAAAAGAAUUGGAGGCUGUUGCUAAGUUUAUAAGACAGAGAGGCAGAGUUUCUAUUGUGGAACUGUCUUCCGCAAGCAACAACUUAAUCAAUCUCACUCCUGUCAAUGCUGCGUCUGGUUGAUGGAAUAUUAUAAUCUUUAAUUGUUUUCUGUUUUGUAUCAAAUAUUAUUUAUCAUGAAUAAAUUUUUGAAAAAUUUGUAUACAUC